AGUUGCAUUUGUAUUUCUCUCUUAUAUGAAGUACGUUUGUGCCUUACUUUCUGUUUCAGCGGUCCUUCUGGGACCACUGAUGUUUGGUCUCACGACCGGUUUCACAGGUCAGACUAUUGAUACCAUGGCCAACACGGUUACUACCGCUGAUGGUACUCCUAUUGAGAUUGGUGAUUAUGACCAUUUGUGGGUAUUGCAUGGGUCGAGCGAGUCUUCCUUGUUCGGUUCUCUCGUUAACAUCGGUGCCAUGUUUGGGGCUUUCAUCGGUGGCCCUCUCAUCGACAAGUUCGGAAGGAAAUGGUGCCUUGUUGGGUGUUCCCCUUGUUUCGUCCUCUGCUAUCUGUGGCAAGCCUUGGCCCACACUUCGUGGCAGUUGCUCUUCGAGCGUGUUCUUGUCGGUAUUGUUGUUGGCGUCGAGUCCGUGGCUGCCCCCACCUACAUUGGUGAGGCUUCUCCCACUAAGAUUCGUGGUAUGCUCGGUGCUGCAAAUCAGUUGGCCUGUACUAUUGGUGAUCUUCUUGCCUACGCUUUGGCUUUUGGUUUCAUGACUCAGGCCAACUCCACUGAUCCGAAUGCGACCAGUAGUACCUUCUGCAACUGGCGAGAGCUUAGUUGGAUUUAUCUCAUUCCUUCUGGGUUAUUGGGGAUUUUUGUCUUCCUCGUCCCCGAAUCUCCUCGGUGGCUUGCCGAGCAUCGUGGAUUGGAUGCCGCGAAGAAGGUGCUGUUGAGACUUCAUGGUACCGAUGAGGAUGAUGAGGAUGUCGUUGAUGAACUCAAGGCUUAUCAAAUCACUGUCGAGGCUCAGAAGGCUAAGUCUGGUUGGACUCAGAAGGAGCGUUUCAACGAUGCGAUUGGUGGCCUUCGCAAAUACUGGAUCCAGGUCGUCAUUGGUGUGGUGCUGCAGAUCUGUCAGCAGUUGUCGGGUAUCAAUGCGGUCAUCUUCUAUCAGACUUCUAUCUUCCAGGCAGCUGGUAUCUCCAACAUGCAGACCAUGGCUCUCAUUACUAUGGCCAUUCAGGUUGGGGUUACUUUCGUUGCUUGCUGCAUCAUGGAUCUCGCUGGAAGAAGAGUGUUGCUAGUCUUCGCCGCUUCUGGUAUGUGCAUAUCCGCGUGGAUGUUGGGUCUUUUCUUCUAUCUACAGGAUGUCACCGGUUUGACUAACGUUGGCUGGUUGGCUCUGGCUUCUGCCUACUGUUAUAUCGCCUUCUUCUCCAUCGGUGUUGGCCCGAUCCCGUGGCUCAUUAUGUCCGAGAUCUUCCCCAACGAUGUGAGAGGUAACGCUGCCGCCAUCGCCACUGCUGUUAACUGGCUCUUCGCGUUCAUUGUCACCAUGUGCUUGGAUGCUUACCGAAAGGCUAUCACCUAUCAGGGUGUCUUCUGGAGUUUCGGAUUCAUCUGCUUAGUGAUGAUCUUCUUCGUCUUAUUCUUCAUACCUGAGACUAAGGGUAAAUCCUUCGAGCAGAUUGAAGCCGAAUUUGAGAGGAAGUAUCAUCAGAAGCGAGCUGCGAAAUCUGCCAAGGCUGCUGCUGUUGGUACGGACGGCUCCGUGGAUGAGGCUGGCGAGUCUACGCUAAGCCCUACCUCCUCCUCCGCAGCCGUAUAAGCACGUUGGAUAUGACCGAAAUGUCUCCGUUGAUCCUAAAUCGACGACGUUCCGAACUAGCGGGAUUAUUCUAACUGCAUAUUCUCAGUGGUUUCUUGAUGAUAAGCUCAUCGGGAGCCGAUGUCUUGUCUGUUAUUUACCGUUGAGGACCUCCAAAAACAUCUAUUAUGACCAUGCGUGAUUUCAAGGUGUUCCGUUCUUGUUGAAGUUACUACCUGUCGUCAUUGUAAGUGGUCUGUAACCUUCCAUUAUCUUCUUGUGAUUACUUUAUAUGAUUUGGCAGGGUUGCCAGAACUGUUGUGGCUCGUGCAUGACUACGUGUUUUCCUCUGGGUGAUUCGUCGUGAGAAUGCGGCACUGUCACUUGGUUCCGGUGGUGACUUCAUCCUUGGUCCUAUACAUCAAGAUGAUAUCAUUACGUUGUACAAUUUAUUGUUCCUGUGGUAUCCACCCUUUUAGUAACAAUCGCACUACUCAGUGUGUAUAUGCAUUUUGGGUAUAUUAUCCAAUACUUACUAUCUGUCGUUCCUAUGAUUAGUUCAUCGGUUCUACUGGACCGGGGUCGGACUUCUCGAGUUGAGGCCUCUUUCAGUCAGGUAGAUCGAAUUCUCUCGGUCAGGCUUCAGUUGAGCCUGUUGAGCCGUAUACCGCUUCCUUAUAUUCCGCUCAGCACGUGGAGCACGUUGCUGGUGUCGGAGAUCGAGGGUGAGGGUAAAAGGCAACUUCGUUUUCUAAGAAGUUGACGGUGAAAUCGUCGCUAACAGACCAAUAGAAUCCAUUGUCGGGGGUUCAAAACUUGUCUUGGUGUAUCCUGAGUUUCUAGUUUUC